AUGCCAGAUUGUAAACGAAAGUUCAGCCUUAACUUUUUGGCAGUACAGUCGACUCUCUCUUAACGGACACCUCUAUAAGACGGACACCUCUGUAAAACGGACACCUCGAGUUGGUCCCUGCCUUUCUUUACUCCCUUUUAAUUGACUCUCUAUAAGACGGACAUCUUUCUAAGACGGACACUUAGUACCGGCCCCAAAGAUGUCCGACUUAGCGAGAGUUGACUGUAUUUUUCAGCGAUUUUUGUCGGGUCAGUCAUAUGUGGCAAGUCAAAAGCGUGAUGAUGAUCCCGAUGAUGAAGAUGGCAACAACGACGAGCUUUAUUUGCAUGACCAUACAAACACAUACAGUAUUGCAAAAGCUAUGUUUAGGAAUCAAAAUUACAACACAGGGCGAUUACGUUACUUUGAUAAUAAUUUGUCACGAACAUCAAAACAGGCUGAAAUAUAUUUUAUGAAUUGUAUAUUGAUAAAAUAAUUAGUAGAGUUCAUCAGUUCAUUGAUCAAACCGUUUAUAGGUAACUGGGUAAUAUUUGGAAUCAGAGUCUUGGCUUUAUAUUAAAAUUCAUUCUUAAUCAUAGAGGAUGUAGGACAUUGAAAAAGAAACUGAAAGUGAUGAUGAUAAUGAUGAAAGGGACAGAGACCACAGCCUGAAUUAUAUAAAACUACCUAUGGACUUAGAUCCACUCCUAAGCAAAUCUCAAGGCUUCCUCACUGAGUUAGUUUCACCCUUCAGUGUCUAG